AUGGCCACCUCAACCAGUUUCCUAUCUUUGCCCCGAGAGAUUCGCGACAUAAUCUACAACUACGCCCUAGAGGAUAUCCAAUUCACCAACGCUCUCACCGCCGUGACGGCUUAUACACCACAAACCUUCCCGCUUCUCUUUGUCGACAAAGGUAUCUCGGAUGACCUCCAGCCUCGUUUAUAUGAAAACCAUUCCAUGGUCAUUCCGAUCCAAGAACCAUGCCAGUACAUCAUUAAAAACUCCACGUUUGCACCCCAGGUUGCCAAAUGCUCACGCAUGAUGAAAGAGCGCUCAAAGACUAUCGUCAUUGAAAUGGCUCAGACUACUAUGUCUCACCAUGCCAAUGCUGAGCUUGACGAAGACGGAAACCCGGAAAUAGCUUAUGAAUUCUGGGAGUCCCAGGGUAGCGUCUUUGCCGAGAAACUCAUCGACGACCUACUUGCCCUGAAGCCAGAACUCCCAGGCUUCAAAACCAUGAAGCUUGUGUUCUGGUUCGCCAACUGGAUAGCGUACAGCAGCGAAUGGUCCGAUGCCCUCGAAAGGCUUACGAAAGAGUGGCCCGAAAUCUUUCUUGAGAUCGAGCUCAAUCUUUUUGAAUACGUGGAUCAAGACGCUGGCGAUGGUGGCUCCAACUGGGUCGAGGGCUGGAAUGAGUGGGCGGAUAGAGAAGGCAUUACUUUCCAGGCUAUGAAUUUCGAGUGGAAUUCUCGUUCUGAUGGGAGCUUUGACGGUCGUAUGAUCGAUGUUGCGGCUUGGCAGGAUGAGGACUUUAUCUACAUGAACAUGCGAGAAAGAGAUAUGGAUCUUCAUUGGGGAUCUUUCAAGGUAAGCCCUAUGUUUCUUACUAUAAAGAGAUUAUGA